AUGGCUUCCCUCUUCAUCUCCAACCCUAAUCUCUCCUCUCCCUUUGUCCCCCAAACCCUCAGUAAACGCCUACAGAAGAAUGACGCGACGGCGGCUUUGUCUUACAAUCCGCUUCCCAGGAGCUCUAGAAGCCUUACCGUCGUCAAGUGUUCCGUGGAUGCCCCUUAUGAAGUGUGUGCAGGAAAUGUGCCGAAGUUCCCUCGGAUGACUGUUUGGGAUCCUUAUAAGCGUCUGGGAGUUAGCCCUUAUGCUAACGAGGAGGAAGUUUGGGGUGCUCGGAAUUUUCUCUUGGAACAGUAUUCAGGACAUGAGGGAAGUGAAGAAUCUAUAGAAGCUGCUUUUGAGAGACUUCUGAUGACCAACUUCAAGCAAAGUAAGAAGACUAAGAUUAAUUUGAAAACCAGACUAAAGAAGCAGGUGGAUGAAUCACCAGCUUGGGUGAAGAACUUGCUCAGCUUUGUAGAGCUGCCUCCAAUGGAUAUCAUCUUCAGAAGAUUGUUCCUUUUUGCAUUUAUCGGUGGAUGGAGUAUCAUGAAUUCUGCUGAAGGAGGACCUGCUUUUCAGGUGGCUGUCUCUUUGGCAGCGUGCAUAUAUUUCCUCAAUGAGAAGACAAAGAGCCUAGGCAGAACUUUUUUUAUCGGUCUAGGAGCUCUUGCAACUGGGUGGGUAUGCGGCUCCAUACUCGUUCCCAUCAUUCCAACAGUUGUAAUACACCCUACAUGGACACUGGAAUUCAUGACGUCGCUGGUAGCCUACUGUUUCUUGUUCCUCGGUUGCACUUUCCUCAAAUGA